UAUGCAAAUUCUCACGCCACGUUCUUCUCAGCCAGCUUCUGACAACUGGGGUUCCCUCAUUCCAUUGUAUCUCAUCAUUGCCAAAGCUUCUUUCUUCUCCCAUAGUCAUCCUUAGACCAAACUAUGUUCAAGAACAUUCACCCUCUUAACGUAGAGCACACUGCAAGAAUGUCUUCGCGGGUCGAGAGAAGAAGAAGCUCGGUCCAUGGCAGACACGAUAAUCCAGCUCAAGAGGGUGGCGAUGUGUGGGAGGUCAGGCCAGGAGGCAUGAUGGUGCAGAUGAGGGCGAGUUCUGAGACGGAACGCCAGAAUCAAGCUCAGGUCUCCAACAUCAGAGUCAAAGUCAAACAUGGCCCAGCAUGUCAUGAGGUUCUUAUCAGCCCUCAAGCCAGCUUUGGGGAAUUGAAGAAAAAGUUGGCAGAGCCAACUGGGUUGCAUCAUGAGGACCAGAAAUUGAUAUACAAGAAGAAAGAGAGAGGCUCAAAACAAUAUCUCGAUGUAGUAGGAGUGAGAGAUGGAUCAAAGAUUGUUAUGGUCGAGGACGUUUUAGGCCGCGAAAGACGAUGCCUCGAGAUGUUGAAGAAGGUGAGGAUAGAGAAGGCUUCAAAGACAUUGGAAGGAAUCAGCUCGGAACUUGACAAAAUGAGUGAGAAGGUAUUGGCUUUGAAAAAGGUGGCUUCCGAAGGUGCGAAAGUUGAAAGCAUGGAUGUCGAGAAGCUUACCGAUGCCUUGAUGAAACUGUACAUAAAAUUGGAUUCACUUGUAGUUCAGGGAAAUCUGAAUUUACAGAAAAGAUUGCAGGUGAGCAAAAUUCAGGAGCAUAUAGAAAUGCUAGAUGCGCUGAAACUGAAGAGUCCGCUUGGACAAUUUAUCAAACCGACAAAAACGAAGCAGGCCAAGAAGAAGAAGGUGCAAUUUGAAGGCCUGAUACCGGGGACGCAUCAAACACCAAGGAAUUCGGAUCCAGUGGUAGUAACCACCAAGUGGGAGACUUUCGAAUGAGGUGAAGAUUCGGAAGCUCUUAUCUCUGUGGUCCAUGAAGUUCAUGACUCAUCUGAGGCCAAGUACAGUGGUUCAGCAAUAAUGCAAUGCAUCUUCCUCUUUGUCAGUUCAUCAAGUAGUUCAUCUUCAAUCGAUAAUGUACCUGAAAUUAAUAAAGAUCGAAAACUUUGGAUUCGAUCAGUUCUGUAUAAUUCGAUUGCACUUCCCAAAAUCAAGAGAUGAUCAUUGGCUGCAAAUAAAUUUCUUGGAAAAAACCUGAAUGGAACAGUUAGCUUCCUAGUUUGAUUUCUUUGUGCUUUAUCUGGGGCAGGUACGGGGGACAAAAGAGCUGACCCAAAUGAAAUUCUUUAGAAGCCUGUAAGUUAGCCAGUCCCAACUUGAAUGGGACAAGCCAAGUGUUUCUUUGUCAGGCCUGUUUGUGUCUAGUACGGUGCUUCAAUCAGUGUGAAUAAUCAAUUGAUUAUGUCUUUUUAUAUUCAAUUUUUUGCCAUCUGUAAUGGGUACCAAAUGAAUAAGACAGGCUUUUUAGAUUUUAGGA